CACUUCCCAGUGACCUAAACCCUUUUCGCUUCCAAGCCUUUACCCCUCGGCGGCUGCGAGCUCCUCUCGCUCUCUCCCUCCACUCAAACCCCUAAAUCCUACUUGUACCUUAUUUCUCGGAGGUUUAGGUUUUCAUCUAUAAGAUCUAAAAAUCAAUUUUAUUCGCUUAUGGCUACCGUUACUCCCUCUCCUGAGAAUACAGAACUAUGUUGUGUCUAUUUCCUUCACUCUUUUUCUUUCCUAUAGAAGCUGCAGAAUUGCUGCAGAAUUUGUCCUUAGAUUCUCAAACGAACACGUUGGAAUUUCCUGAGUCCGCCAAGAAGACUGCUGGUUAUCAAUAUGGCAGUACGGAGUCGGUUGUUCCUGCAAAUAGUCAGAUUCAGUCAUCUGAGCGGUCGGUGACGCCAUUUUUACCAGAUUUAAUGGAUCCAACGAUGUGCUAUCUUCCCAAUGGUUAUUCCUCGCCUGCCUAUUAUUACGGAAGCUAUAAUGGAACUGGUAACGAGUGGGACAACUAUUCUAGAUAUUUAAAUACAGAUGGAGUGGAGAUGGCAUCAGGAGUUUAUGGGGAUAAUGGGUCUGUUAUGUAUCAUAAUGGUUAUGGAUAUGCACCGUAUGGCCCAUAUUCACCUGCAACUUCCCCAGUUCCAACAUUGGUGAAUGAUGGCCAGAUGUAUGGGCCUCAACACUACCAGUAUCCUCCUUAUUUCCAGCCGCUGACGGCUAGUAGUGGGUCAUUCACCCCUACUCAGGCAGUCUCGUCUCAAGGGGAACUGACUGCCUCCACUGCCCCUGACCAAAAGACUUCACCCACUGAAACCACUAAAGGGAAUUCUGGUGCCAUUGUCAGUGGUGGAGGAAUGAAGGGAAACAAUGAAUCAAUUCCCGUUAAACCUACAUAUCAAAAUUCAUUGUUGAAUUUGAAUAAUACAAAUGGAAGGGGUAUUUUGCCAGGUGGUAUGCCUGCUACUGGUUAUCAAGAUCCUAGAUUUGGCUUUGAUGGGAAGUACAGAAACACUGGUGUUACUUCAUUUUUGAAGGCUAAUAAUAUUCCAUCUUCGAGGAACCAUAAUUUUCGGCAAAACUCCAAUUAUAUGGGCUUGCAUCAACCUGGUCCAAUGUCUGACGUGGGAUCAACUCAUGGAUACAUGAACGGUUUUUACCCAAACAAGUUUUAUGGUCAGUAUGGGAAUACUUUUAGAUCUAAUAUGAGCUUUGGAUCUACUGGUUAUGAUUCAAGGAUGAAUGCAAAUGGAUGGUUGGCUGUUGACAGCAAAUAUAAACCCAGAGGGCGAGACAAUGGUUACUUUGGUUAUCGAAAUGAUAGUAUUGACGGUUUAAAUGAGCUAAAUAGGGGACCAAGGGCCAAGGGUUUUAAGAACCAAAAGGGUUUUGCACCUGUCACGUUAGUUGUCAAGGGGCAGAAUGUUCCAUCAAUUGAAACUGUUAAUGAGGGAAAGGAUGAGAUGGCUACUACUCCAGACAAGGAGCAAUAUAACAAAGCAGAUUUCCCUGAUGAUUAUAGUGAUGCUAAAUUUUUUGUUAUCAAGUCUUAUAGUGAGGAUGAUGUCCAUAAGAGCAUAAAAUAUAAUGUCUGGACCAGCACGCCAAAUGGGAACAAGAAGCUUGAUGCAGCAUAUCAGGAGGCCCAGCAGAAAUCUGGUGGCUGCCCUGUAUUUCUUUUCUUCUCGGUAAAUACUAGUGGGCAAUUUGUUGGCCUUGCGGAGAUGGUUGGGCCAGUUGAUUUUCACAAGAAUGUGGAAUACUGGCAACAGGACAAGUGGACUGGUUGUUUCCCAUUGAAGUGGCACAUUGUAAAGGAUAUCCCUAAUAGUUUAUUGAAGCACAUCACCCUUGAGAACAAUGAGAACAAACCUGUAACCAACAGCAGGGACACACAAGAGGUUAAACUGGAGCUGGGGCUUAAAAUGGUCAAAAUAUUCAAAGACCACUCCAGCAAAACAUGCAUUUUGGAUGAUUUUGGAUUUUAUGAGAAGCGUCAGAAGAUGAUUCAGGAGAAGAAGGCCAAGCAACAGCAGUUCCAGAAACAGGUAUUAGAAAGAAAGCUUGAAGACGAGAAGAAAGAAGUGGCAAAUAUGUCACACAAUACACUGGAGGUUGUGAGUGAUGUGACCCAGGGAAGCAUUUCAAUUGCUCAGUCCAAUGGGGACCUGAAGCCUACUGAGAAUGGCCCAGUUACAAAAGCUGGGAAUGCGUCGAUGGCAAGUAAGCCGCUUGCCUUAGAGAAGCGGAAUGUAGCAAAUGGGAUUGUUAAUGUUUGCUAGCUAUUACCAUCCCCCAGCUGCAUGGAUUAAUUUAAGGUUUAUGUUGCUUGAGAGUAGAAUAUGAAAGCUAAUUGCUGUGAUUGCUCCUUGAGCCAUGGACUGCAAUUGUGAAGCUGUCUUGCUGCUUUAAAGCGUCAAUAUUGUAAUAGUAGUGCUAAGUCUUGAGAUUCUUCAUUUGUGAUAGUUUGGGUGGGCUGCCUCAAAUUGAAGUAUUUCUAUGACGCAUCUUCCGUACAUUCGUUGGUUCCUGACAGGUUUUCAUUCCCUAGAAGUAUGGGUUUAGGGUUCUUGUUUUAUUGGCUUUUGUAAUCUUAUAUGACUGGUUUCUAGAUUUCUUUUCCUAUAGUUUGUGUUUUACUUGCAUGUCCAUUUCCUGCCUUUUGAAGGUCUAGAUAUUAGCUUAUCAAGAUCCGUUUAUCCAUGUUUGUAGAGAGCUUUAAGAAAGGUGGGAAAGCAUUUCAAUACAAAGAAGCUUUUCAUUUUCGCA